CCUCCCUCCUUGCCUCGGUCGCUGCCCGGCCCCGGCGCGAUGUCGGGCGGCGCGGCGAGCGCCCCUAAGCCCCUCCCGUCCUCCGGGCCCAAGUCGCUGCGGGAGAUGCCUCAUCCCCUGGCCACGUCCAGCAGCGAGGAGAUGGGGCCGGCGCUCACCCCCAGCCCCGACCUGCUCCUGCCCCGCAGCAUCGCCGACAAGGAUCUCAGUCUGCCCAAUGGCACACCCGUGGACACUUCUAGCCCAGCCUCCUCCUCAUCUCUCCUCAACAGACUGCAGCUGGAUGAUGACUUGGAUGUGGAAACUAGAGACCUCUUUGUUACUGUGGAUGAUCCCAAAAAACACGUGUGCACAAUGGAGACAUAUAUCACAUACAGGGUUACAACAAAGACCACACGAGCAGAGUUUGAUUUGCCAGAGUAUUCUGUCCGUCGGCGGUACCAAGACUUCGACUGGUUGAGAAACAAGCUGGAAGAGUCUCAGCCAACGCAUCUUAUUCCCCCUCUUCCUGAAAAAUUUGUGGUGAAGGGUGUUGUUGAUCGCUUUUCGGAAGAGUUUGUGGAGACAAGGAGGAAAGCAUUAGACAAGUUCUUGAAGAGAAUAACUGAUCACCCAGUGCUGUCUUUUAAUGAGCACUUCAAUGUCUUUCUCACAGCUAAGGAUCUUAAUGCCUACAAAAAGCAGGGAAUGGCUUUGCUGUCAAAGAUGGGGGAAUCUGUCAAAUACGUUACAGGAGGCUACAAAUUAAGAAGUCGGCCACUGGAGUUUGCAGCCAUUGGGGAUUAUCUAGACACAUUCUCUCUAAAGCUUGGUACCAUCGACAGAAUUGCACAACGAAUCAUCAAGGAACAGUUGGAAUACUUGGUGGAACUACGAGAAUAUGGACCUGUUUAUUCGACCUGGGGAGGGCUGGAGGUGGAGCUAUCAGAGCCACUGGAAGGAGUGUCUGCCUGUAUUGGGAAUUGCUGCACAGCUCUUGAAGAACUCAGUGAGGACAUGACAGAAGACUUCCUGCCUGUACUUAGGGAAUAUAUAUUGUAUGCUGAGUCAAUGAAGAAUGUGUUGAAGAAGAGAGACCAAGUUCAAGCGGAGUAUGAAGCAAAACUGGAAGCAGUAGCCUUGAAAAGAGAAGACCGUCCAAAGGUACCCACAGAUGUUGAGAAAUGUCAAGACCGAGUAGAAUGUUUCAAUGCUGACCUGAAAGCAGAUAUGGAGAGAUGGCAGAACAACAAAAGACAAGAUUUUAGGCAGCUACUCAUGGGGAUGGCAGAUAAAAACAUCCAGUACUACGAGAAGUGCCUUACGGCGUGGGAGUCAAUUAUACCACUAUUGCAAGACAAGCCAGAGACCAAAUAAGAACUACCUUCAUGGACAGUCUAGCACUUCUAUGCUCACUACCACUAGUCAUACUGGAACUGUAUGGAGACUCUUUUUUUUAAGUUGACUGAAAUGACAGCUGCACUUAGUUUUUCAGAGUAUCUGUUCCAGCCUAUUUGAAUUUUUUUUUCUCAUUUUUUGUGUUUAAAAUGGGUUAUGUUUCAUCUUUUUUAGUUACCUUGAAUGGUUCCUUCUUUAUCCUAUGGAGUGAUUGGGGUUCAUAGUGAAAGUGCAUGGGGAUCUUGAUAAAUUUACCUCUCUAGUCUGGAAGGAACUGAUGAGUGGAGCACUAAAAAGAUGAAAAUAAAACUCUACUGCAAGGUGCCAAAUGACAUCUUU